AUGGCCAGGGAACUUCCAGGCGCUAGCGGAGAGGUGCAAGUUGUCCUUCUUGACGGAGGAGGCUUCACGACGACAGACGACACCAAGAUCCAUGCUGAUGGGCACAGUCGUCCUUAUUACCUUUACGACUGGUGCUUCUACUUGUAUCACAAACCCACAGGGUCAAGAGUUCUCUGGGACCUGGGCAUUAGCAAUGAUCGUGAACUGUACACGCCAUUCGUGCUCAAUUUCCAUUGGCCUAGCUGCAAUCCAGUUGGACCGCGGCGCAGUCUCGUCAAUCAGCUCGCCGACUUGGGUGUGGCGAGUGAGCAGAUAGACACUAUCAUCUUCAGCCAUGCUCACUGGGAUCAUUGCCGGCCCAUAAAGAGCGAAUUUCCCAAUGCCAAGGUGUUAUUUGGCCCAGGGACAGGUUCUCACUGUUCCCCUGGACAUAUCCGCGACGGCAAGAUCCAGCCCAUGGUACAAUGGGACUCUCGCUUCUUUGGAACUUCAGAUGUACGUACAGAUCCUUACGAAGAGUUGAAAGGGCCCUGGAAGCCGUGGGGCCCAUUUGAACAAGCCCUGGACUACUUUGGUGAUGGCAGCUUCUGGAUUCUGCAGGCGCCUGGCCACAUGAAGGGAAACCUGGCGGCAUGUGUAAGAUUGAAGUCAGGGGAGUGGGUAUUACUGGCAAGCGAUUGCUGCCACUCCAAGGAAAUCUUUGACGGCGUCAAGCAAAUAGCCAACGUUUCCAUGCCCGAUGGUUCCAUGUUUUGCUUGCACGAGAGUCUAGGCGCGGCUCUUGAUACCAUUGGAAAGCUGAGGAUGGCGGUUCGCGAUUAUGGGAUGCAUAUUGCAAUGGCGCACGACGCCGAGUUUAUUAAAGAGGGCAAAGACUCUGUUCUGAUGUCUCUUCUGCAUCCUCUGUUUGAUGAGGAGUGCUUGGCAAGAAUCCGGGCUCAUCAACAACCUUGA